CAUUAUUUCUUGGUUCAAAUUUUCCCAAAUUUUUCGACACGAGAAGACUUUUCGAUUAUGCAAUUUGGGUGCGCAACCAAUUCUAUUCGGAAAAACGUAGACACAAUCCAUUUCGUGGUUGUCAGCCGUCCUUCACUCUUCAGCCAAACCUAGAGACGGGCUUACAAAUACGUACAAAAAUACCCAUCCUGUAUAGCCGUGGAACAAAUAUCCACCAUUUCCCAUAUGACGUCACUGUAAUGUUCCAAGAGACAACGUCCACUACAACGAAAGGUUCUCCAGAGUCUGAAAGAGAAAAAGAAGGAAAAGAUAUGCAAAGUCCUAUACUGAAACUUCCUUCGAUUGGAACGAUUCUAAAAGAAAAGGAGCAGUUUUCCACUGAAAGCGAAAGGACAAAAACAUUUACACUUCAACAAGACAAAUCAAGGGUCCACUCUGAGUAUCAACCAAGUUGGAAAGCAAGUUCUUCUAUUCAACCACUGCCUGAACAAGCAGAACUCAAAACGACAGAAAAAAGCUCUCAAGAGUAUGAACUAUUUCCGCAUUUUCUUUCGGAAGACGUAGUACGAGGUUUUCAAAUGCCUCCAUUGAAAUCUACGACGAUUUACUCUGAAAGAUGCGUGCGACCAACGGCAAGUGCAAAGCAACUUGUAAAGGACUUCUCGGGGACACGGAAAACUUUAGAAGCGGGAGAAUAUUCUGUGACUAGUAAAACAACAGAACUUAAGGAAGAAGUAGCUGAAAGACGAACUGGAGGCUAUGCUGGUUUAGGAGUAACAGGUAGUUCUGGAUAUUCAGAAUCUUCCAAGAAACUUUUCAUAGGUUCUAGCACUGUUGGAGAACUUUCUAAAAUUCCUCGGUUACAAAUUUCAUCCAUAUUAGAAGAGAGGAAACCAACUGGCAAAACGGUUUCUGUGAGUUCUUCAGACUGGAAGGAGAUCGGAGAAGGUAGUUUCGAUAGUCACUCUGUGGAAGAACCUAUAGCCUCUAUCGAUCCACGUUCUAUGUUAGCUUCCUCUUCUACGUCAAAACUAUCAUCACAAGUACUUUCUGAAAAAGAUAAACACGCACUUCGACUGAUGAGGAACCGUCUUUCUGCUGAGAGGUCUAGAAACCGCAAAAGACAGCGCAUGCAAACUCUUGAACAAGAAGUUCGCGAAAAGGAGGAAACAAUUGGCCUCCUAAGAGAAGACAUGAAUGCUCUCUUGCGUUAUGUGGAACGCUUGGAAGCUUUUUGUAAAGUGUUAGAUGUACCAAGCAGUGAAUUGACAAGACCAGAACUUAAUUAUAAGCCCUAGUCGUUUAUUGACUUUCCAAGGUGUUCAUGUAGAUCUUCUUUUCCACAUGGUCUAACAUUGUAUUUUGAAAACGAUUUAUUGUUGCAUAUAACCAAUGCCUUAUAUGCUUUUAGUAGGUGUCAGUAACGAACUUGAAAGGAUUAUUAUUCGCCGUAUUUUGCAGGAGUAAAAUCUCGACGCUUAGUCAGACAGAACUAUUUAUGCACUAAUUUAUAAAGAAAUUGUUUCAAUUAUAGUUUCUGCCAGCUCUAUCUUUAAUAGUUUUGGAAGCAGUCAGCUUAGAAGCGUUAUUCCUUCAAAAUGCUUACAUAGUUCUGUUUAAGGCUUCUGUAGCAUAUUUUCAACAGAUUAGAGUUUUUUUGGACAUAUUUUCUUGAUGAUUGGUUAUUAAGAUAAAGGUAUUUACGGUCGUCUAGUUUUGCUUCGAAAGAGAGCAAAGAACCCUCUUUCAAAUUCAUUUGGCGGGAAAUUUAAUUUUUCCG